AUGGAGUUUGAUAGUGAGGAAGAGACAUAUGAUUUUUACAAUGCAUAUGGUGGUCGAAUUGAUUUUAUCAUCCUGAAGGAGUAUGGCAAUAAAGUUAAUGGAAGAAUUAUAUCAAGGGCAUUAGUUUGUAGCAAGGAAGGUUUAAAGGGGACUAACAAACGAGAUGUAUUUAGAAAGACUCCCUGGGUUGAAACACGAACCAAUUGCUGUGCACGAAUGGUUAUUAGAUAUGACAAGACAAAGGCAAACCACAUGAUGCCGUCCCAGCGACGAAUUUCCUCAGUCCAGGCCAUCGAUGUUGAGUUGGUUUCGGAUUCAGGAGUUCCGGCUUGUAAUGCAUAUGAGUUGAUGGGAAGGCAGACUGGUGGCAAAGAAUCAGUUGGGCACUUGAAAGUGGAUCUAAAAAAUUAUCUAAGGACGCGAAGACAAAAGGAGUUUCUUUAUGGAAAGGCGGUAUGGCUUGUGAAUUAUUUUAAGACACGUGGUUGUGAAGAUCCUUCGUUCUUCUAUUCCUUGCAACUGGAUACUGAGCAAAUGAUUACGAACAUAUUCUGGUUAGAUUGUAAAAUGAUCAUUGAUUAUAGCCAGUUUGGAGAUGUUAUCAGUUUCGACACAACGUAUAAAGUGGUACACGAUAACAGACCAUUUGCAAUUUUCUUAGGUAUGAAUCAUCACCGGGAGACUGUUAUGUUUGGAGCAGCCUUAAUGUAUGAUGAGACAGCGGAUUCGUUUGUCUGGUUAUUUGAAACGUUCUUAAAAGUGAUGGGCGGAAAAAUGCCAAAGACGAUUAUUACAGAUCAAGACGCUGCAAUAGCGAAGGCAUUAAAGCAGGUCAUAUCGGUGACGAAGCAUCAUUUAUGUGUUUGGCACUUAAUGAAUAAUGCGCAGAAGAACAUACUAUUUAUAUAUAUAUGCGUUAAAGGAAUAAAGAAUGUCAUCUCAAAAUUAAUGUUCCAAAUUGAGGAGGAGGAUUAUUUUAUCAGGGAAUGGGAUUUAAUGAUUGCAGAGUAUGCCGUUGCUAGUAAUAAGUGGUUUUCCACUUUGUUAGAUUUGAGACAUAAAUGGGCCCUGUCAUUUGUCAAACACGAAUGGUCUGCAGGAAUGAGUAGCACGCAAUUGAGUGACAACUUCAAUGGUCAAUUGAAGUAUUACCUUUCUAGACAACUUAUUCUACUAGAAUUCUUUACACACUUUGACAGAUUGUUAUCUAACAAGCGGUACAAGGAGUGUGAAGCCGAGUAUGGCUUGGUGGAGAGGCAAUCGGAACUAAAAACAAAGUGCCAUAUAUUACGUCAAGUGGGGAAGAUGUACACCAAGGCAAUAUUUCAGCUUUUCCAGGAGGAGUUUUUAGCUGCUCUUGCGAGUCAAGCUGUUAUUAGUUGCAGUGACUUGGAUAACAAUGGACACCAUGUUUAUAAAGUUCCUGGUGAGGAUGGGGUGCAACAUCAUUGUGAGUAG